AAGGAGGCUCUAUAUCUCAAAAGCACAUGUUUUACAUGCAAGAGCUUGAAAACCCGCUUUUUAAAGUUUCAUAAUUAGGCUCCACAAGUUGCAUUUAGAAACAGCUCAGAAAAUGGCCUUUUCGGUAGCUAGAAAUUUUGCAAGUGCUGCCGGAAGAAUGUUUACACAAUGUAGAUACGCCACAUCGGCAUCAGGGGCGACAAAAUGCCUUUUGUCCAUCCAGAAAGAGUGCCAAAUGAGCCGGCCGUUCACCCGCUCGAUUUGGUAUCUGUGCAACAACAACCACACGAGCAAAGACAGCAGCACCGGGGAGCUGAAGCACGUGUUGGCCCAGGCAUCGAGGCUGAGGGAACCCGGCAAGUUGUGCAGCUGCGGCUGUGCUGGGAUACACACGCAGGGUGAUGACGAGUUGGCCAAGUUCCUUGAAGAUGAGAUACAGCUGGAGAAAGACAGCCGGCAGUUCCCUGACGUCCCCAAACUACCCGGCUUUAAACUGACACAAGAGGGCGCCAUAGCAACACUCACAAAGACAAAAGAUGGGGAAACAGUGAAGGUGACAUUCAAUUUGAACCAUUCUAUUGAGGAGGAGCCUCAGGAAGACAAGCCAGAUGAGGAGGCAGCAUCACGGCUGCGAUCCUACCCAGAAUUCACCGUGGAGAUCACCAAGGAUACCCAGAGCACCUUGACCAUCAACUGUCGGUUUGACCUGAAUGAGAUGGAGCCCGAGGGGGAGGAGCCAGAGUCUAACGACCUCUUCAUGAUUGAUGAGGUCAGCGUACAGGACGGCAAGGCCAAGGAGUCAACCUACAUGGUGGGGUCAGAGGUCAUGGAUGCGAAUCUCUACAAUUUCCUGAUGAACACGUUAGAGGAGCGUGGCAUCACAGACGAAUUUGCAGAGAAACUCUCAGAUCUGUCCAGUACCCUGGAACACAAGCUGUACAUCGAGUUCCUUCAGAAACUCCAAGGGGUCGCCAAAUUCUAAGGCAAGCUGGCACACUAUACACGACACUCACAGGGGUGGAACUGGGGGACAAAGGGGGCAGUUGCCCCUCCAAUUUGCUUUUUAAUUUUGCCUUUGCACCGUGUCCCUCCACUUUUAGAAACUUUCGCCCACAAUUGCAUAUACUGUUGUUUCCACUUUUUGGAAAGAGUUCCAUACCUGGACAUCACUUAACACCCUGUGCAGUGUGCACAAACCCUGUGAGACUGGUCUGAAAAAAUUCUAAGUGCUUUUUCAGUAAAUGCUUCAAUAUUUUCCCUGCUAAAUUUGACUUUGUAGGAUAUGUUAUCGCUUCUCUGAUGGCUGAUACGUCAAUGCAGUGAAAAAGUAGUGAUGUCCAUGUAUGGAAUUCUUCCCUGCUAGGAAAUCAAGCUCAGCUGUCAAUACGAUUUAAGAUCCAGUACUGCACUUUUACCUUAUUUUGUUCCCACAAGCACAACUUGAUUUGCGUAUCUCCAGUGUGACAAGGCAAUGUCCAGAAAAAAAUACAUUUUAUUUUACUUCCAUGUAUAAGCCUUU